ACAUGGGUAGUGUAGUCCGGCGGAAGACACGUGGGGUGUUCCGUUCAGUCGAAGUUGCGGAAACAUGGCGGGCCUGGAGCUUCUCUCAGAUCAGGGAUACCGUUUAGAUGGAAGAAAAGCAACCGAACUGCGGAAAGUCCAAGCCCGCAUGGGAGUGUUCGCUCAGGCUGAUGGCUCCGCGUAUCUAGAGCAGGGAAACACCAAAGCUCUGGCCGUGGUUUACGGUCCACAUGAAAUGCGAGGUUCACGCAGCAGGACUCGUUAUGACCGAGCUGUCAUCAACUGUCAGUACAGCAUGGCCACAUUCAGCACAGCAGAGAGGAAGAGGAGACCGCACGGGGACCGCAAGUCUACUGAGAUGAGCCUCCACCUGAAGCAGACGUUUGAAGCUGCUGUGAUGACCCAGCUGUACCCACGCUCACAGAUAGACAUCUAUGUUAAGAUUUUGCAGUCAGAUGGAGGGAACUACAGCGUGUGCGUGAAUGCUGCCACUUUGGCUAUCAUUGAUGCUGGCAUUCCCAUGCGGGAUUACGUGUGUGCCUGUACAGUCGGGUUUGUGGACGAGACGCCACUUGCUGACCUUUGCUACGCAGAGGAGAGUGGAGGAGUGAGCUCUCUGGCCUUAGCGCUGCUACCCAGAGGCGGACAGAUUGCGCUGCUGCAGAUGGACGCCAGGCUGCAUCAAGAUCACUUAGAGACACUGAUGGAAGCCGCCAUGACGGCUUGUAAAGGUGUGAGCAAGGUGCUGGAUGAAGUGGUGCGACAACAUCUCCAAGAAAGUUCUGCGCUCUCAGGAGAGUGAUACAGGAAAGGAUAGACCUGAAAGUGUUAUCAGACUGAUUGAGCAGGGAUGACAGGGAUAUUAUGUAAUGAGUGUUUUUUUUUUUUUUAAUUUGUUCAUGGAGAUACUUUUGUAAAAUAUAUGUAGUGAAAAAAAUAAAGAUGUCACUGUUGUAUCAGUUGA